AUGGAGAAAAAGGCAUUUGAGACUUUCUUUACCCAGGGAAGAAGCCACUUGGGCUGGGCGCUGGCAGCAGCCAAGGUGAGCUGUGACCUGGAGCAGGUCAAUGAAAACCAACAGAAUAAUUGCAGUACUUCUCCAAUGAAGAUGGACUCAAGAAAUAUUUCAGAGAGUAUACCUAGCACCCAGGCUGAAGGACCCAAAGACCAAACUGUGUCCCAGAACAAGGUAAUUUAUGUUCAUUUUGCUGUAAACAGUAGAACACACAAAAAUAGGCCAUACGAGGUCAGUUCUAAAGAUGGCGAGACCUUGUAUAUGGCACUCCAGAAACUCAAGGCUGUCACAGACGAGAUAAAAACUCAUUCAGGCCAAGAAAUGCUGGUAUGUGGCACAGAAGGGAUUGAAGGAUACUUAAACCUUAGCAUGCCCAUCAGGUGUUUUCCCAAAAGCUGCCAUGUGAAAAUUGACUUUGCUAAAAGUCAAAGUCAGCAGACAGAAGAGAAUCAGGAAGAAGAUCAAGAAGAGAACCAGGAAGAGAAUCAGGAAGAGAACCAGGAAGAGAACCAGGAAGAGAACCAGGAAGAGAAGUGUGUUGUUGGCCAGCAUAACAAUGCAUCUACUGACUGUGUCAAAUUUUAUAUUCAUGCAGUUGGGAAGACUAAGAGAAAGAUUGUCAAAUGCGGGAUGCUUCGCAAAGAAGGGAACCGCCUCUGUGUCUAUGCUUUUAAAGGAAAAAGCAUUAAGAGUGCUCUGUGUGAGGAUGGCAGAUUUCUUUCCAUCCUGAAGAAUGAUAAUUGGAAACUCAUUGAAAAACUGAACGUAGUUUUAGAAAGCUCACGAUUGGUUGAUGACUUAGAGGGCAAGUCCUUUCAGGUUGAGUUUGACAGAAAAGUGGGCACUGGGGCAGAUGCCACUCGGAAUUCUGAGUCACAGAAAAUAAACCCCCGUGUGUUGAAAGAAACAAUUGCAGACCGGUACCCUAGUUUGAAAAAAGAACGUGAUAAAAUUAGAGAAAGCUUUAAGAAAUCUAUGGAAAGAGGAAAGGGGAAAAAAUUAUUUGAAUCACAUAAAACAGACUUUGGGAACCUGACCAAAAACUCUACUUUGGUUAGAGUACACAGACUUCUUUGUCAUCGCAGUGAGUCGGUUGGGUACCUCUCAUGGGACAACAGAGGAGAAAAGGGUUCAGCCACUUGCUUUGUCUUUAGAGAGUUGUACAUUUUCACUUGUCUGCAUGUAAUAAAUGAAAUUGUGAGAGAAGAAAUAGACGAAACUAAGUGGGAAAACAUAAUUAGUCAAUGUGUAAGGGUGACUUUUGUUUAUGAAAAGGCUGGAGAAGAAAAACAGAAGUCCUUUUGCAUUGAACCUUGGUUUGAGAUAUUUGAUGCAAAUCUUGAUUAUGUUGUUCUGAAACUGAAGACAAAUGGACAACAGGUACCUGUGGGAUUAUAUAAUGAAAUAGCGCAAAGUGAUCCUGAACCACCUAAGGGGUUGGUAUACAUGAUUGGCCAUCCUGACGGAGAGGCAAAAACUACGGAUGCUUGUGCUGUGAUCUCUCAUGGUCGGCAAGAAGAGGAUCAGGAACAACCUCCGGCUGGAGAAGCAGAGGGUCGUGGUUAUGACAUGCGGUAUAUCCAUAUGCACACUCAGAAAAGUUUCCAGGAGAUAGUUCCCAACCCUGAGGGAGUUACCAGUAACACCUCUUUUUACGUUGGGUCUUCGGGCUCCCCAGUGUUUGAUUCGGAGGUUUCAUUGGUGGCCAUGCUCACUGCUGGCUUUUCUUAUGAGUACCAGAAGGGGACUUCCAGCAUCAUUGAAUUUGGCUCUACCCUGAAAUCUAUCCUCUCUCAUAUUAAACAAAAUCAUGGAAGGUGGUAUGAAACACUAUCUGUAAAUCCAUAGGAAGUAGAAAUUGUGAGUGUUUAGAAUGGAGAAGAGAGAGAAUUCAGUCUAUUUACCAGCUUUAAAGGUAUUGCCCAUGGAAUUAUUAUUCCAUGGGCAAUGAUGAUAGCUUUCUAAAUUCCAAAAUGGUCAAUCUCAUAAAUAAUAAUAAUAAUUAAUAUUAUGGACCACUUCCUAUGUUCUGAGUAUUUUUCUAAGCACAGGAAGAAACUAGUUUUAACAACUUUAUGAGGUGAGUUAGUAUCCCUGUUUUAAUGUCAAGCAAUGUAAAGAAAGAUAAGAUUAAUAAUCAGUUUUAUGACAAUAAGAAUAAUGUAACCAUUGUUUUUUUUUUUUUUUCCGUCUUCUUUAUCUCCCCCAAGUUCAGUUACUUAAGCAUGAUCCAAGACUUGUUCAACUCAUUAUCUACAAUGUCUGGUACAUGGAAAGUAAGUGCUUAGAAAAUGUGUGGGUUCAUCAAUAGCAAAACUUAGAGCUAGAGUUAAUCUUAACCAAGUAUCUAAAUGCUCAGUUAGAAAUUAUCUCAAAUAAAAUUCUUUAGAAUUUCCAAAAUCCUCCUAUUACUAAAACUGUUGGUAUAUGUGCGUCCCCAAAUUCAGAGCUAAAGUAGUAUUUAUCAGGUUUCGGUACUAUAAAGUUACUCUUUUCCCCAUCCUUUCUACAGGGUACUCUUUGCAGUAAUUCAUUUUGCAUAACCCACGGGUAAGGAGUGGGGAGUUAUGCUCCCCUUCCUUAUAUGAAUACUCUUGGAGUACUUACAUAAUUUACUUUGGAAUCAUUCUACAUGGAGACAUUCUAGCCCACAUAGAAGUCUUUACUAAAUAUACCCAACAAGACUUAAAUGAUGACAAAGCCUGUCUUUGCUGCACGUGGAAAUGUCUCUGAUGAGAAAAGCUCCAAAAUGGGAUGGCUUUGGACAUUACUGCUGCCUCACAAGGAAGUAUCUUUGCUGUUACCCAAGCAGAUUGUUGUGUUUUCAUACCUGAUGGGUCUACGAAUGGGUCGUCUUUAUUAAAUCACAGGAGGACACAAGUGAAUAUCCUGAAUGAUCCCACCCUCAGCCUAGGGGACUUAAUCAAUGAUUCAGCUCAUGGUGCUCUUGGUGGAGAAAAUUGUUACCUGUCUGGGGAAUCAUCUUAAUCUGUGUGUUCUCUUGCACAUGCCUAUAUUGUUGCUGUGAUAUCUGCCUCCGGUACAGCCAGAGAGCCAUCCGACGAGCCCCCUCAAAACUGGUGACAUCUCUUGUUGACCACUCAGGGCAUAUUGCGGAAGAGGAGGGCGUGUGAGAUUGUAAGAGCUGGUCACAAGGGGUGCAGUGUUGGAGGAGGUCAUCAAGAGGACGGACCACCCACUGACCCUUGAGUUGGACCCUUCUGUCCUUGGAAUGUACACAUUACCUACUGUUCCCAUGGUGAGAGCUGUUCCUUCACUUUAAAAUGCCAUGCAAUACCUUGAAAAUACUUUAUCUUUAAAAUACUAUAGGAUAUCACUUAUAUGUGGAAGCUGAAUAAUAACACAAAUGAAUCUAUGUACAUGAUAGACUCACAGACAUAGAAAACAAACUGUGGUUACUAAAGGGGAAAGGGAGGAAGGGAGGGACAAAUUGGGAGAUUAACAGAUACAAAUCGCUAUACAUAAAACAGAUAAGCAACAAGGAUUUACUAGCUAGCACAGGGAAUUAUAUUCACUGUCUUGUAUGAACCUAUAAUGGAAAAUUAUCUGAAAAAAAUAGCUGAACAACUUUGCCGUACACCUGAAACUAACAGUUUGUAAAUCAACUAUAUUUCAAUUAAAAAAUAGAUUCUGGUGGGAGGGUGGAGAGAUCUCUCUUGUGAUCACUCCAGACAUAGGUGUAAAUUCCCAUGCUUAUUAAACCCACCACUUUGGAAUGACUGGCGUCUUUCUUCAGUCUCCCCCCUGCCCUUCGGGGACAGGGGGCAGUUUUCAAUAUAUAACAGCCUUUGCCUCAACCACUUUAGAAGGACUAGAUGUUUGCUACCCUACUCUCCUGUCUCCUACUCACUCAUAAUUUGGGAUGGAGGACAGCCCUGCCAAACCUGGCAUAUUGCUCCUCACCCCACCUUCUAGGAUCUGUUAGUGAUUCUGUUUCCUUCAUAUGGCUAUAUUGAAACUAAUGCCUUUGAUCCCAAAAAUCCCAUGGGCUUCACUUCCCUUCCCCGCAGUGGGAGCUGGAUGCUGAGGAGGCUACCUGCUGACCCUGUAUGGCUGGUUUGUGCCCCUCAUUCAGCAGGUCAUCACAUGCCUCUUCUCGAUUCUACCAGCUCCAGCUUCCCAACACACUUAGAAAUACACGAUUAAAUUUCCUCUGUGUGUUUUCAUGGUUAGCUAGCUCAUUACCUUUUAUCACUGAGUAAUAGCCCAUUGUAUGGAUAUACCACCUUUGUUUACUUAUUUGCCAUUUGAAAGAUAUCUUUAAGGAAGUUCCAAGUGGCUCAGUGGUAAGAGCCCAACUAGUAUCCAUGAGGAUGUGGGUUCGAUCCCUGGCUUUGCUCAGUGGGUUAAGGAACUGGCAUGGCUGUAAGCUGUGAUAUAAGUAGCAGAGGUGGCUCGGAUCCUGCAUUGCUUUGGCUACUGCAUACGGCGCAGAUCCAGCUCCGAUUUGACCCCUAGCCUGGGAUCUUCCAUAUGCUGCAGGUGUGGCCCUAGAAAGCAACCAACCAACCAAACAAACAAACAAACAAACAAAAAAAAAAAAAAAGGAAGGAAGGAUUUGUGACUUCACAGAUUUCAAUGUCACAUUUAGGGUUACCAGGGGUCAACUGUGUGGGAGGGUAGAAGGGAUAAACUAGGAGGGUAGGAUUGUCACAUAUACACUACUAUACCUGGAAUAGAUAAUUAACGAGUUACUGUAUGGCACAGGGAGGUCUGCUCAAUGGUCUGUAAUAACAUAUGGGAAAAAAGAGUGGAUAUAUGUAUAUGCAUAGCUGAUUCACUUUGCUGCAAUCCUAAAGCUAAUACAACAUUACAAAUGAACUAUACUUCAAUAAAAUUUUUUUAAAAAGAU